AUGCAGCGAUGGGUGCCUUCGCUCGGCCUCCUGGCGUAUCUCGCGGCCCUUGUGGCUGGCAAUGAAAUGCAGAUUAAACAAGAUGACGAGCACCGGCAACGAUGUGCUGGCAUGUACAGUCGGAAGUCAUGGGGCGGGUCAAUCGAGCCCUUCAUCCUGGUCAAGUUCCUGCCCGACCACACCGAAGACGACUCCGAUCCUCUUGCGAGUCUGGUCAUAUUCGAAUGGCAAGAUGAGCCCCUCAUAGGCCGAAUGCCGCCGGGCGCAGAGUCAUACCGAGAUCUCGAGACAAUAUGCACAACAGGGUCGGUGUCAGAAGGGCUAUGUGAAGAGAAAGAUAUCGGUGCCUUCAUCCUGGCUCCCAAUGCGACAGACGCUUCGAAGAGCCCGAUCUACAAUGAAGCGAUUCAUCUCAAAGAUCCCAAGGCUGUCAACUACCCAAUCCGCCGCACGGGAUACUACUGCGUUUCGACCUACGCUUUCUCGGACCAUGAGUACAACGGCAUCGUUGAGUUCCGCAAUGCGUACGGCGAGCUGCCCGCUGCUCAGAUAGCCAAGCUCCCUUUUUACGGGGGCUUGACUAUUGUCUACGCUGUGCUGGGUGUGUUUUGGGCAUUCCUCUACUUCCAGAAUCGCUCCGACAUCCUCCCCGUCCAGAACUACAUCACGGCCAUCAUUAUCUUCCUGAUUGUCGAACAGCUCAUGACAUGGGGAUUCUACGACUACCAGAAUCGACACGGCAACAACACCCUCAACAAAGUCUUCAUGAUCAUCGUCUCCAUUCUCAACGCUGGGAGAAACUCCUUCUCCUUCUUCCUCCUGCUGAUCGUCUGCAUGGGCUACGGUGUGGUGAAACCGUCACUUGGGAAAACUAUGAUCUACGUCCGUAUCUUAGCCGCCGCACAUUUCGUCUUCGGCGUCAUCUAUGCCAUCGCCUCGAUGGCCGUUACGCCCGAAUCCGUCGGGCCGCUGAUUCUCUUCGUCAUCCUCCCGCUGGCCGGCACCAUGACAGCCUUCUACGUCUGGACCCUCUCCUCGCUCAACAUCACAAUCAAGGACCUCAUCGACCGCAAGCAAAAGACCAAGGCCAUGAUGUACAAGAAACUGUCCUGGUGCAUCCUGGGUUCCGUGCUGGUCAUCUUCGCCUUCUUCUUCAUCAACAGCUUCGCCUUCGCAGGGUCAAGUGCUGCGAACUUCGUGCCUGAUCAUUGGCAGACCAGGUGGUUUGUAUUGGACGGGUGGUUGAACCUUGUAUACUUGUUUAACAUUGCUUUUAUUGCGUAUCUGUGGAGGCCGACGGCAAAUAACAGAAGAUUUGCCAUGAGUGAUGAGCUUGCUCAAGACGACGAUGGCUUCGAGAUCCGCAGCAUCGCCGACUCCCUCGACGAUGAGGACGAAGAGGCCGCACGCAAGGAUCAGGAACGUGCGCCCUCCCCGGCACCUGCACUGCAAAACAGCAGCCAAGCACCUCCGCCCAUCAGAGCACCACCUCAAUCAAGAAUGUCCUUGGACGGCGAGACCAUCUUUGCGGUGGGAGACGAAGGUGGCGAGUGGAGUGACGGGGAAGACAGUGACGAUGAGAGGAAGAAGUUGACGAGCAAGUAA